GUGAUCUAUUGUCCACCGUGUUACGCCGCGUAUUGUAGCGCUGUUCCGUCGCACUUAACCGAGCUCCAUAACGGUGUACAACCUGCGUCACCUCGCCGUUUCUCGUAUCCGACAUUUUUCGGCAACGUUUCCUUUUCCCAUCGGAUCCGUGACACCAUGACAGUGCUUACGUUCCCGUCUACCGGCGGCGUCAAGUCGGACAAAGUGCCGUUGGUGGACGACGUGGAUACGCAACCGAGGCAUGCCGCUCCGAAGUCGUACAGUCCCAAGUUGCUGGAGUCCGGUGAACCGAGGAACCCCGACGUGGACGUGCGUACAGAUCGUGAGGCGAGGCGUAACCGCCAGCAGUGGCUGUGCAAGAUGAUCAAAACGCUGGUGGUACUCUUCGUCGUGCUCUUGGUCACGAUGUUGGCUGUGCACUUUUACAGGCGGCUAUUGUGCAGCAGCGAGUGCGCACCCGGUUACAACGACGGCGUGGCCAACAGCGCCGCGAUGGCUUCGGCCAAGUCGCAGAACCUGCAGCUGGACAUCGACGACCGUAGCGGCGGCGGCGACGACAAUGACGACGAAGAUGACGAUGACGACGACAUGCCUUGCAAGACUUACCAUUCGUACGCCGCUGCCGAGAGCGACAUGGUGCUGCCCGUGACCACGUCAUCGCCCCUCGUCGCCGACAGUGGACUUACCUUAACGCUCUCAGGCCCGACUGACUACGACGCCAGCCAGUUCAACGACAUGGAGGACGUGUACAAAAAACUGGAGAAAUUUGCGUUGAAUAAGGCCCUGCACCGGAAGGAUGCCCGCGACGGUGACGACGACGACGUCGUAUCCGUGUUAAACGAUGAUUUCGAGAUCAACCACAAGAGCGGAAAGGUAGUUCAGCCGAUCAUCAUCACCAAGUCUGCUCGGUUCAUACAUGACUUCAGUGUCAAUAUCACCGGCAUUGUGGAUGUUGAAGGCCAGCGGUGUUACGUCAUGCCACUCAUGCGCAAUUCUGUGUCACCACCCAUUUCACUGUACGAUUUGUUGUUUAAAAUGUCUAGUGGCUAUUAUUCCAUGGACAUCAAAAAGGUCAUUGGCAACAUGCACAUUGUUAAACCGGCCCUCAAGGAUCUCAGUGAUUAUGGCCUGUACAUUUCCAAAGACUGUGCUGACUACUCUACAUUCAAACUGGAAAAUACUAUUACUGAAGCCGAUGUAUAAGCUAUAGGCCUCUCAAGUAAUUUUACAGAGUUUAACACCACAUGAAUAUAAAUACAUUUUUCUUCUUUUUAUAUAAUCCAACAGUUGUUGCGUUUUGACUACUCAACUCUGAACAGUACGUCUGUUACCAUUAUUAAGAUAUAAGUUCCUUAGUUGAGUCGUUCCUAUUAUUUUGUGUUCAUUUUUUUUCUGUUUAAAGUAAACAUUUCACUGGUAGAGAUAUAGACAAGGGUCUGUGGUUGGGUCCACCUGAUUUCCCAUAAAAUACAUUUUUAUCAUAAAUAUAAGUUACUUUUAUUUUUUAU